AGGAGUUGAUAAUAGCCCGUUGCUUUAUUACGAAAGAGGAAAACAGUCGUGGUUGAGUCGAAGCUUCAUUCAGCUGUCACACAGAAACCCAAAGUCAACAACAGGGGCUCUACCGCAACAACAAACCAAUGCCAGAGUCUCUGCAGAGUCUUUUUUAAACACAAUGGCAGAAGUUAUGAAGGCAGUUGACAUCAAAGGCGGAAAAGGCCCCGCCGCCGCCCUGUUCAUCAACGACGCCGUGCCCAAGCCCGUACCAGGGCCCGGCCAGGCUCUCGUGCGCGUGCGCGCCUUUGGGCUCAACCGCAUGGAUCUCCUCCAACGCGAAGGGCGGUACUCACUGCCACCGCAAGCGCCCGCCACACUCGGCGUCGAGUUCAGCGGGACAGUAGCAGCACUCGGCCCUUCCUCCUCUUCAGAAAAAUUCACCAUCGGCGACGACGUGUUCGGCCUCACCUACGGCGGCGCGUACGCGCAGUUCGUCGUCGUGUCCACACGAACACUUCUACGCAAGCCGCCGCACCUGACGUUCGAGCAGGCCGCCGGCGUGCCCGAGACGUUCAUUACGGCCGCGCAGGCGCUGCACUUCGUGCUGGGGAUCCAGCAGGGCAAAACCGUGCUGUUCCACGCCGGCGCGUCGGGCGUGUCCAUCGCGGGCAUCCAGCUCGCGCGCCUCGCGGGGGCCGCCGCCGUGUUCGCGACGGCUGGGUCCGCUGCGAAAUGCGAUUUUGUUGAGCGCGAGCUCGGCGCCACCGCCGCGUUGAACUACAAGGACGUGGAACACGACUGGGCCGAGGCUGUGCUCGCGCGCACGGGCGGGAAGGGCGUGGAUUUCGUCGUCGACUUUAUCGGCGCGCCGUACCUGCAGCGCAACCUCGACGCGGUGGCGCGUGAUGGUGCCAUCUGUAUCUUGGGCCUGAUGGGCGGGGCCGUGGUUGAGAAGUUGGACAUCAGCAAGCUGCUGCUCAAGCGCGCGCGCGUCGAGGGCAGCACGCUGCGCAGCAGAGACGAAGAGUACCAGGGCCGGCUGCGCGACAAGCUCGAGGAGUACCUGCCGCAGUUUGAGAGCGGUGUGCUCAAAGUGUUUGUCGACACGGUGCUGCCGUGGGAGCGCAUUGUUGAGGCGCAUCAGCUGCUUGAGAAGAAUACGACUAUGGGCAAGAUCAUCUGUACUAUUGCCUGAAGAUUUUAGAGGCGUGUUGUUGUGUUUGUGGAGUAGGCGAGAUACAUUGAAGAGUGGAAGUUGGGCAAUUCUAGGUUUUUAGUUUGUUUUUGUUUCUUGGGAUGGUAGUAAUGAGCAG